CAACCCUCCAGUUCCCCCAGUUUCACUUUCCAUCCAUGUUUUGAACAACAUGCAUGUCCGUCCACGUCCUUGGUGCGAGACUAGAAAUAUGAGAGACUUCUGAAAAGAUGGCGGAGCAGGGCCGAACAGUGAGAGUGAGUGGCCUGCCCACACAUCUAGAGGAGGACCGCCUGAAAGACAAGCUCUCCAUCCACUUCCUGAGAUCCAGGAACGGAGGGGGGGAGAUAGCGUCCAUCACCAUUGUCAAGGCAACGCCCGGAUCUGCCCUCCUCACCUUUGAGGACAGCAGAGUGGCAUGGAGUGUGCUGCAACAUGGCCGACACAUUCUGGAGGUAGACGAGAAGAAGUACGAACUCACCUUGAGCGAGCUUCCCAAAGACCUGGACCCAAACAUGGUCAUCGUGAGCAUGUCAGCUACUGUAGAUUACAGUCAGUUACCUGGGAAAAAGGCAGCAGUGACCAGCCUUGACCGGAGCUAUGACGUCCAGAUCCACUAUAAAAACCCAGAGCCUCAUUGCACCCUGACAGGCCUCUACUCCCAGGUCCAGGCUGCUCUGGGACACCUCCUGGGGCUCCCUGGGGCCCUGGCCCCCAAAGACACCCCCCCACAUCGGCCAGAUGGUGCUGGGGGUGUUCCUGCUAUGGACAGAGGGAGGAAGACUAACACCCGAGAGGAGAGAGGACAUAAAAGGAGAGGUGACGAUGGGCAGAGGCGGAGAACGGACCAGGCAUUGGGUCUGUUCUCAGCUGAGCUAGGCUCUGACCCUAAUGGGUACAUUAUGUCUGGAGGUCAAGGCUGGGAGAGGAAAGAGUCGUCUCAGGUGGAGGGGGGUGCUGUCGGCCGGCGUCUGAACGAGCGCCCCCCCAUAAUGGAGGAGGACCUCUCCCUAAUCAUGGAUGCAGACAUGUUCCUCUAUCUGCGGAGCCAUUGUGGAGAGGAGUACCGGGGCAUCCUGACGCAGCACGGGGUGGAGGUGGUGGACGUGACCACCGAUGGGGUGACCACCGUGUUCCUGCAGAGAGAUCCUGGGGUGGGGGACCUGGGUCAGGAGAUGGCCCGUCUGAGGGGGGCUCGUGAGGCCUUGAGCCAGCUCUACCAGGAGAAAGAGGCCAGGCUCCGGCGAGCCCAACUCCCUAAGAACAUUCUCACCCCCACGGGAGGCCUGUCCAGAGCCAUGGAAAGCCUGUGUGUCCGGCUGCCCAAGCUACUGCUCAGAGAGGAUGACAGGAAUGUCUACAUCGUGGGUAGCAGUAGCGAUGUGUCGGACGCCAAACAGUACCUCCUGGGGGUGAAAGAGGAGGCGGCAGACGAUGUAGCCGGCGUGUUACGUUCUCCAUCAGCCACGUUUGGCUCCUCAAAGCCAUGGCAAGAAGAGAGACCCACCUCGCCUGUCUCAUCACCAGCUGGCAGCGCCAUGGACACCAAGAUGGAUAGGCUGCUGAAGGGAUACGAGGCUGAGACAGAGCGGAUGGUAGAGGCGGCUCGAGGGUACAAGUUUGCCCCCCGGUUCAAGGCCUCAGGAUCGGCUGGGCUAGGAACCAGAACCAAGGAGGCAGUGAUAGAAGGGGACCGAUCUCCCAAUAUACGACCAGGCCUCGGGCCCAUCCUAGGCCGGGACCUGUUUGGUUCAGAGAGAGCCGAGUUAGGAGUUGGAGGACUCACUAGGCCCGGGACACGUGGUAGAGGAGAGGAUAUCCUGUUUAGAAGGGGUGACCCCCUAUUUUCCCCGGCCUCUAUGGAGAACAGGCCCGACCUGAGUUCCAUAUCGACAGGCGCCAGGCAGCAUCGGGAGACGCCACUAUUCACCUCAACUAUAAACACUGUACCUGUGGGGUCCACCCUUGUCACACCCUCUGGGUCCACCUUAAAACGGGCCAGCAGCUUCUCAGGUCGGACCGGACCCAAGGUCCAGGACCCAGGACGAAGUGAGGCUGGACAGGCCACGCACAGAAUGCAAAGGUCCAACAGCUUGGACAGGCGCAGUGUCUGUGGUGCCGAGCUGGCUGUUCCCAUGGUGGUGUGGAAUUACAUGAAAAAGGCUUACGGUGCCCGUAUCAGCGACAUGACCUCUGACCUGAAGAUGAGUGAGAGACAGUCGGAUGGGAGCAACGACGUCACAGUCAUCCUGAAGGGGGCGGUGUCGUCCAUGGUGAGCACCUGUCAGUCGGAGAUGCAAAAGCUGGUUGCCAUGGUGCAGGCAGACUUCUGUGUGCAGCGGCUGACUCUGGCUGAUUUGGGUGUGUCUGACCCGGAUGACGAAACCUUAGAGGUGUGCUGCGAAGAGGUGCGACGGAGGUUCAACAAGGUCUCUGUACAGUUGACGAGUGGUAGUGUGUUUCUGAUUGGCCCCAAGCAGCUGUGCUCUCAGGUGGGACUCGCACUGGGCGAGGUGUUCUCUGGAGAGACAGAUCAGAGGGGGGGACAGGAUGACUUCUCUGCCCCCUCUACCUCCUCCAGUCAGGCCAGCCCUGUGAAUGGGGUCCAGAACGCUCCGCAGUUUCAGACUGAGAGCCCUCAGCAGAUGUCAGAAGCUCAGAAAGGGGUGGAUGAAGCACCGCCGGGCACCAGGGUUAAGAAGAGCACUCCGAGGAGUGCCUCAACCAAGCGGCUGAUGAACAGCGAAUCAGAACACAAGAACACCGCCAUCAGCCAGUCAGCAGCGAGGAAAGGGCCUGUCACAAAGGAGAAAGUGGACAGGGCAGGGGUUGUGGAUGCAGAACGCAGCAAGACUGAGGCAUCUUUUAGCCAUUCAACAACGAGCAAUGAGGGAAGGACGGGAGCAGUGAACGGUGGUGGCUCACUGUUGCCAUUGACCACCAGUCCAGACGUGGAGCGCAGCCUGAGGCCCACAGCUGCCCACACGGGCAACAACCGACAGGCCAGCGGUGCUGAGAGCCAGAAGGCGUCAGGGAGAGACCCAGGGAGGUCCGGCCAGCCUGGGGGACAGGCGUCUAUCUGUGUUUGCGGUGAAAGUGGGCAGGGCGUGACCAGGACCGGGUGUGGGGUGGCGCUAUGCCAACAAUGCCUGCUCAAGGUUCACGUCCACUGCAGGGUUUGUUCCAAAGCAGCGGAGCCGCAGGGGAUUCUGGGUAACAUGAGCUACUCAGAGAUGCCGUUCAGCCUGCCGGGCCAUGGCAGAGACACCACGGUUAAGAUCACCUACAGCAUCCCUGAUGGCAUUCAGGGGGAGAACCACCCCACGCCAGGCUCAGCGUUUCGGGGCGGAGUGUUCGAGGCCUUCCUCCCCCUCUGCGAGAGGACCAGGAAGCUCCUGCCGCAGCUGGAGAGAGCCUUCCGGCUGGGCCUAACUUUCACUGUGACGGGCCAGGACACCGGAGCCAGAGUCAGCUGGGACUGCAUCCCCCAUAAAACCAGCCUGCAGGGGGGCAAGUCCAGGAACGGUUAUCCAGACUCCACCUACCUAAGCCGUCUGUCCGAAGUACUGAGGGCUCAUGGGAUUGAGGAGGCAACUGCAAAGUCUCCAGACAAAAACAAAACCUGAUCAUUGUAGUCUUAGUUGCGUUUAUACAGGUGUUGGUUUAAAUGCAUUUUUUAUUAGAAUUUUAGCUGUAUAUAUGGUAAUGUCUUUCGAACUGUCCCAUGUCCCCAGAGUGUUUAGCAACCGGAAUCUUUUAAAUUCAUAGACCAAUAGUGGACCUUUAAAAUGUUUUCAUUCUUAAGAGUUCUAUAGACUGAAACAGUAUGAGUCAUAAUCCACAUAAAACCUUUUGUCCUGGCAGCUAUUGUCGAUUUUAGUCUUGUCGAUACUGUGUUUUUAACAAUAAAGAUUCCCGUCUGCGUAUCACUGUAACA